GUGGGGUUCGAGAGUGACAGUGACAUGCAGGGAGAUGGAGAGGCAGCAGAAGCAAGGAGAAAAUUAUCUGGGUCUAAAAAACUGCACCAGUGCCCAUACUGCUCAUACUCAAGUCCCCAGAUAGCUACUUUACGGAAUCAUAUCCGCACUCACACUGGCGAGAGGCCAUACUCCUGCCCCUAUUGUUCCUUUCACUUCUCACAAAAAGGUGCCCUUAAAAGGCACAUCCGUAGUCACACGGGAGAAAAACCAUACUCCUGUCCUUAUUGUCUCUUCCGCUCGGGUCGUGUUUGCCAUCUAAGACGUCAUAUUCGUACUCAUGGGAGACCAGUUGCGGAGAUCAGCCUGACCACUGGUGGUCAGAGUACCAGCGGAGGAGGAGCCCUAGAAGUUGGGAAGAGCCAAUCUACUAUCUACGAUUUGCACAAGAAUCCCUUCUAUUCUUACUCCAAUCCCGAGAAAGAUAUUUUGAUACGAGGCAGUUACACUUUCAUGGGGAAGAAAAAAAACAAAAAGCCAUAUUCAUGUGCACAGUGUCCAUAUGCUACUGCUUCAAAGAGUAAUCUCGUCAUUCACCUUCGUACUCACACUGGGGAAAGACCAUAUUCCUGUCCUCAGUGUUCAUUUACUGCUUCCUUUGAAUACAAUCUAAAGGUUCAUAUGCGAACCCACACAGGAGAGAAACCAUACACAUGUCCAAAUUGUCCUCUAAAAUUUUCUCAGAAAGCUCACCUUAAAAAUCAUAUUUUUACCCAUACUGGGGAAAAGCCAUUUUCCUGCCAGAUGUGCACAGCUAGAUUCAGCCGAAGGAGCAAUCUGAGGAGACAUAUUAGGACACACGAGUAA